CACUCUUCCCUGCAAACAGAUAUCCUUUUUGACAAAUAGAAAAUUUCAUGUUCGCCAAUGAUGUCUCUUGUCUUUGUUCUUCUAUUCCAUCACGGUUUUGUUCUUCUGCUUAAUGUGCUUGUGGGUUUCGGUCACUGCCACAUUCCAACCACACUCGAAGGUCCUUUUGAUCCUGUCACCGUUCCCUUCGACCCCGCCUUGCGCGGCGUCGCCCUCGACUUGCCGGACACCGAUCCCCGUGUUCGCCGCCACGUCCGGGGUUUCGAGCCCGAACAGAUUUCACUCUCUCUCUCCUCCAACCAUGAUUCCAUUUGGGUCUCAUGGAUUACAGGGGAGUUUCAAAUUGGUUAUGACAUCAAGCCGUUAGACCCUAAAACUGUCUCAAGUGUUGUUCAAUAUGGAACUUCAAGAUUUGCAUUAGUGUAUGAAGCUAGAGGCCAAUCUCUUAUCUACAACCAGCUUUAUCCUUUCGAAAGCCUUCAGAAUUACACUUCUGGAAUCAUCCAUCAUGUUCGUCUCACAGGAUUGGAACCAAGCACAUUAUACUAUUAUCAAUGUGGAGAUCCCUCAUUACAAGCCAUGAGUGAUAUAUACUAUUUCAGGACCAUGCCAAUUUCUGGUCCACAGAGCUACCCAGGCAGAGUUGCAGUAGUAGGAGAUCUUGGUCUCACUUAUAAUACAACUACUACCGUCAGUCACCUAACUAGUAAUAAACCUGAUCUUCUUCUAUUGGUUGGUGAUGUAACCUAUGCGAAUCUGUACCUCACAAAUGGAACUGGCUCUGACUGUUAUAGUUGCUCGUUUCCACUAACCCAUAUACACGAAACCUACCAGCCUCGAUGGGAUUAUUGGGGAAGGUUUAUGCAGAAUCUAAUUUCCAAAGUUCCAAUAAUGGUGAUAGAAGGAAAUCAUGAAAUAGAAAAACAAGCUAGAAACAGGAAAUUCGUGGCUUACAGUUCCAGGUUUGCAUUCCCCUCUGAAGAAAGUGGAUCUUCAUCCACACUCUACUACUCUUUCAAUGCUGGGGGAAUUCAUUUUAUUAUGCUUGGGGCUUAUACUAAUUAUGAUAAAACAGCUGAACAAUACAAGUGGCUGGAGAGAGAUCUGGCUAGUGUCGACAGAUCAAUAACUCCGUGGCUUGUAGCUGCUUGGCAUCCACCAUGGUAUAGUUCCUAUAAGGCCCACUAUAGAGAAGCAGAGUGUAUGAGGGUGGAGGUGGAAGACCUGCUAUACUCAUAUGCUGUGGAUAUAGUAUUUAAUGGACAUGUUCAUGCUUAUGAGAGGUCAAAUCGGGUUUAUAAUUAUAAUUUAGAUCCAUGUGGUCCUGUAUAUAUUAUAGUUGGGGAUGGGGGUAACCGAGAGAAGAUGGCAAUCAAACACGCAGACGAGCCUGGUCACUGUCCUGAUCCAUCAAGCAUCCAUGAUCCACAUGUGGGUGGCUUUUGUGCAACAAAUUUUACAUUUGGCCCAGCAUUGAGUAAGUUUUGUUGGGAUCGCCAGCCAGAUUAUAGUGCUUUCAGAGAAAGUAGCUUUGGCUAUGGGAUUCUAGAGGUAAAAAAUGAAACAUGGGCUUUGUGGACGUGGUAUCGAAAUCAGGACUCUUACAAGCAAACUGGGGAUCAAAUUUACAUAGUGAGACAACCUGAUAUAUGUCCUGUUCAUCAGAGGGUGUGCAGAGAUUCUUUUGCUUCAAUUUAAGAGACCUGAAGAGGUAUUCAUUUGCUGUCUUUGAUGAAAAUGUCACAACAGGUGAAUAUAAACCUCGAUGUAGACUACAGAGAGCUGAACGUCACAACUGGCAUGAGUAGGCAUGUAUUCUAUCUUUUAUUAAGAUGUUAUGCUACCUACUACCGGUGCCCAAUAUUAUAAUAAACUCUGUUGUUAGUUAGCGAUGGACAUACAGAAUGUAAAAUGAAAGUAAUGAAAAUCCUUAG